CCACACACACCAAAAGGACCAUCAACCAACUUGGUACUCAUCUAUUGCACUUAAAAUUGUGCGUUGGAGAGUCUCUCUUUAUGGGAAAAUUGAAGAGUUCUGAUCUUCUUUAUAAACUGUCACUUCAAUUCCAACUGAUUUCAACCGGACUUUUUAAAUAGGCUAUAACCUUCCUAACAAAACCGCGAAUGAAGGCCUUCAGUGUUGCAUUUGCUAUCGACCUCGCGUGUAUGUUCAUCCUUGAAAGCACUGCUGUUCCUUUCUCCGAGGAGCGAACAAACGAGGUUGGAAGCAUUGACAGUCCAGUUGGGGAACAUCAACAGCCGGGCGGCGAGUCCAUGCAUCUGCCGGAGCAUUUCAGGUUCAAGCGUCAGAGCCACUUCUCCCUGUGCCGUUGGUGCUGCAACUGCUGUCACAACAAGGGCUGUGGCUUCUGCUGCAAAUUCUGAGGACCUGCCUGCARUAAAACCAUCUUAUUAACUUAUUGCCUUUAAUUUCCCCCCUAUUCUUAUACAUUUCUUUAG